CUCACGCCUAAACCGGCUUCCCUCGGACGCCUCUCCCACGCUUCACUCUUUUAAUACACUGAUCAUAAUUUCGAGCUUUGUUGAAUUCAUAAUUCCCCAUUUUUCCGAAUUGUUCACAUUCGAAAUGGCUUUGGAGAAGAACACAUUCGAAACCAUAACCCCAUCUCGUUUCAUCACCUUCACUUUCCCAAACCCCUCCAACUCUUCCUCACUCCUCCGCGUCGCCGUCCUCGACUCACCUCUUCAACUCACUGACUCACCCCGAGUCGCCGCCAUGCUAGUCCCCAACCACCGCGAGACCGACUGGAUAUUCUCCACCGAGUCGGGCCACCUCCAGCUCCUUCUCAGCUCUUCCGGGAUCUCCCGCCUAAUCCUCAUCGGCAGCAACCAAUCCGCAGACGCUCACCAUUCACCGCCAAUCUACCACCGUCAGGAUAAAAACGACACGUCGUGUGAUGAGGAAGUCGGGGUGAGUUUGAAAUUGAAACCUCUAUUGCUUGCUUUAUCUCCAAAGUGUUGCUUCAAAUUUGGCAUUCCUGAGAUACCCAUUUUGUGUUAUGAAGAUAAUGUGGUUUCUAGUGUGGUUUUGGAGAGGUGUGUUGGGUCUCUGGUUGGGGAAAUGGUGGUGGAAGAUGUGGAGAUUGAGAGUGGCGCCGAGGUUUCGAAGAGGGAGUUCAGGAGGCGUUUGAGGUUUAAGAGAUUGCCCAAUUUGGUUCAAACGGAGGUACGCAUUGUUCCGAAGACGGGUUUUGGUUUUGAUUGUGUGGAAUUUGGAGAAAUAGAGUUUAGGCUCGAUAAUAGUGUUUUAGUGCACCCUUAUUUGGUUCCUAUGGUAGCAAGUCUGAGUCUUGUUGCUUCUUGUGUCGAGGAACAGAUUCGAAGUGGGUUUAGACCCAAAGCUUUGUGUUUAGGAGUUGGUGGUGGAGCUUUGCUUGGAUUUUUAAGUGCCCAUUUGGGUUUUCAGGUUGUGGGUGUGGAGGCGGAUGGGGAGGUUCUAAGGGUUGCUAAGAAGUAUUUUGGACUGGAAGAUGGUGAGCAUAUCAAUGUUCACGUUGGGGAUGCAAUAAAGUUUAUAAAGAAACUUGCUUUCCGUGUUAAUGGACAGACUGCCGGUUCUAUUUUUGCAGAUGAGGUAGGGGAUAAUAGUGAGUCUUGUGACAUGGGCGAUGGCAAUGACGUUCAUACUAAAUUUGAUGUAGUGCUUGUUGAUUUAGAUUCAAGUGAUGCUGGGGAUGGUAUAAUUGCUCCGCCGUUCGAGUUUGUUAGGAAGCAUGUGCUUUUGGCUGCCAAAUCAGUUCUUUGUGAUAAUGGCAUCUUUGCUAUAAAUGUUAUUCCUCCAAAUCGGUCAUUUUACACAACAAUGAUAUGUGAGUUUAGAGAAGUUUUUCAUGAGUUGUAUGAAAUAGACGUUGGAAAUGGAGAAAAUUUUAUUCUUAUUGCUGUUGUGUCACCCGUUACAUCUGCUACUAGUGAUUGUGAAAACUCUUUCCUUAACAAACUAAGAAUGGUUGUAUCAGGAGCAUACUUGAAUUCCAUAAAGAAGAUCUAAGAUCUAACUCUACUGUUUGGUAGAAGGGGGAGAGGGUGCCCCGGGGGGGGGGGGGGGGGGGCGGGGUUUUGUGGUGGUGGUUGGGGUCUGGGGAAGGUGAGACUGUAAAGAGGACACUUUCUUCAUAAUUUGACCAGUAUUCGUUAUCUUGGUGUUAAGAUCUCCAGAUUUAGAGCAACUUAAUUGUUGGUUCUCCAUCCUCUUAUUUUGAGUGAAAACAUGCAUCAACGGUGGGCUUGGAAUACUAGCUCUGACUGUUCUCUUGAGAAGAAAUUGAGACUUUGAUAGUAGUUUGGAAACUUAUGCUCCUUUAUUGGGUAUGAGGUAAAAGGAAAAAACUCAACUUAUUCGGUUCAAGUAACACCUAUAAUGUUGCCGUCGAGGGAAAAAGAAGGAGUGAUUAUUGGGGAAGGAUGCUGGUGAGGUGUUUUGGUAAAGCGGGUGAAGAUUAAAGCAGUGAUGAGGCAGCAAGGAUUGGAUGUCGAGGUGGUCAUGGCAACGAGUGGGGUGGGAUUGAGGACAACAUUGUCAAUGAGUGGACUUGUUUUUUGCCUUAUCUGGUAGCCCCAAGAUUCAAAUUUCUUGAUGGCACAGUUGCGCUUAUUCCUGCAGAAGCAAAAGGAUUAGGAGACAUGGUUAAGUUUUCUCCUCCAAACAUCUGAAUCAACACCUUCCUAGGAGGAUGAUCAACCGGGUGCCAUUGGGUCUUCUCCAUCUUCUAGAAGAUUAUAGACCGUCCCUAGGUAGUAAGACCCGUCAGUGUUCUCCAUGGUUGCACCAAUAUCCUUUUUACCUCGUGCCAUAUCAAGCAAAUGCAUCCCAAAACUAAAGACAUCUUACUGAUAAGACACAUUUCCAAAGUUCCUCGGGAACACUUCGGUGCAAUGUAGCCCGUGGUCCCCCUAGCUUAAGUCAUUGACACUAUGCUUUGAUCCUUGGAGCACAACCUGGCCAAACCAAAAUCUGAAAGUUUUGGAGUGAAGUUAUAGUCUAGCAAAACGUUAUGUGGUUUGAUAUCAAAAUGGAGGAUUCGCUGAUCGCAUCCAUGGUGCAAAUAUUCAAUUCCCUUGGCUAUUCCUAGAGCAAUGUCUUGCAAUUUGCCCCAAAAGAGGUUGCAUUCCUUAGUGUCUGCGGAUGAAAUGAAACUCCGUGAGGUAAGAACUCAUAUACAAGAGCACGUCUAAAUUCGUCAUCACAGAAGCCAACCAAGCGAACAACGUUAACGUGGUGGAUAUGGCUCAUCGUUCCCGCUUCAUUUAUGAACUCUUCCCCAUUUCCCUUAGAAUUGUUGAGGACUUUGACAACAUCAAAGAAGUCAGAAGAAAGUUUUCCUUUAAAAACAGUUCCAUGGGCUCCCUCUCCCAACUUGUCUUUGGAUUGAUUUCUAACCCUCUUAAUGUAGUGGUGCGUGCACCGAUUUACCGUAAGCAUGUGAUUAGUUCGUAUGUUGAUGAAGAGGAUUUGAGCAUGGAACUAGGUCUUUCCCUUUGUCUGUCGAUGAAAAUGGCUGUGAUUAGUGUGGAAGGACCCCUGCUGGGAGAUGUAAAGAAGGGUUGUAUAUAUACAUCAUUUUUCAUAUCUCAAUCAUGUGAGCACAAAUAAUAAUUGCUACAAUAAAUUUACAUUUUUUUUUCCAUA